AUGCAUGUGGAGGUUAAGAAGGACAUCUUUGGUACUGGUCAACUGGUGAAUCCUUUAUUUCUCACUUUAGGAGGCUGUGCAGCUAUAGGGGAGAAUCCAAAAACUGAAGUUCUUAUAUUUGAGUAUGAGCUCCAGACAUGUGACAGCACUCUGAUGAUGACUGGUAAUGAGCUUGUGUAUACAGUCAACCUCCUCUAUACUCCUGCGGCUGUAGUAGGAACUCCCAUUGUAAGGGCUGAUGUAGCAGCUGUUGGAAUUGAGUGCCACUAUUCAAGGUUGUAUAAUGUAAGCAGCAAUAUCUUGUUGCCCGCUUGGGUUCUUUUUGCUGCAACUAAAGUUGCAGAGGAAGUUCUGGUGUUCUCCUUGAGGCUCAUGACUGAUGACUGGAUGUUUGAGAGGCCAUCCAAUCAGUACUUCCUAGGGCAGUUCCUGAAGCUUGAAGCUUCUGUGAAACAGUACAACCAUGUUCCUCUGCGAAUCUUUGUGGAUGGUUGUGUGGCUACUGCGGCCCCUGAUGUGAACACCAUCUCUCUAAGAUAUUCCUUUAUUGAGAACCAUGGGUGCCUGGUAGAUGCAAAGCUUACAGGCUCCACUUCCAGUUUCAUGCGUCGUAUUCAGAGUGACAAGCUGCAGUUUCAGUUGGAGGCUUUCAGAUUCCAGCAAGAUGAUAGUGGCUUGGUAUUGUAAUUUUGGCUGUAGUUCUGUGGAUGGACUUCUGUAGACGACAAUGACCAGGUGUGCAUGUGCUGUGACUCCACGUGUGGUCUCGGCAGAAAUGGACAAGCACU